GACGAUGUAAUAAAACCUCUUUUCUUUGUUGUUUAGGUAAUCUGACAUUUUAAAGAUUUUUCUGCCCCCGAGGAGGAAGCCUUUCAAAGGAACACAGGAUGUGAAAGAGGAAUCUUCCUGGGCGUCUCCAUGGAUGGCAUGCCAGCCCGUCCCCUGCCGAGAAGACCAUGACAUCUGCCCAUUUCUCAGGGGUUUCCUUGUUCCCCAGCGAGACUUCCUCCCCUUUAUUCUGUACCAGGGGAAAAACCUGAAGGACAGGCAGCAUUGCUCCCAAGCCUGUGGCUUUUCCCACGGUGGCAGUUGUGCUGACAGAGCAUGACAAUUGGAGAUCAUCACUUCCUUCUGCUGUCUUUCAGAGUCACACCAAAGAACGCCCUUCCUCGUUCUCCCCUGCGCUGGCGCCUGCUCGUUUUCCUAUCUGUCGCCGGUGCCUCCCCGCCAUCGUCUUUAAUCGCAAGACGUCCUUCUAGUUUUCCAGCGCGGCCUGUGUGCCCCGGACGCCUUGCCCAUGGCUCGCCGGGCCAGCUGUCCAAGGACAUUACCAUGAGGCACUGCAUUAAUUGCUGCAUACAGUUGUUGCCUGACGGCGCGCACAAACAGCGGGCCGGCUGCCGAGGAGGCCCCCAUCCCAGCCCCCAGGAGGGCCCUGCGUGCGAAGGAGAAGACAAGAUAGUGUUCCGCGUGGACGGGAGGCAGAUGAACUUGCUCGCUGUUCUCGAAGUGAGGGCUGAAGGGAGCGAGAGCUGGGGCGGCCUUUUGCGCUUCAGAAAGGGGAAGCGAUGCAGCCUGGUUUUUGGAUUGAUAAUAAUGACCUUGGUAAUGGCCUCCUACAUCCUCUCUGGGGCCCACCAGGAGCUCCUGAUCUCCUCGCCGUUCCAUUACGGGCCCUUCCCCAGCAAUCCCGGCUGGACGGACGGUGAAAACUCGGGUGACGCAAGGGAGCCUCAUCACCAGCCCUCUGUAAAUAACAUUUCCUACAUGAAGGACUACCCGAGUGUUAAGUUAAUCAUCAGCAGCAUCACAGCCCGGAUCGAGUUCACGACCAGGCAGCUCCCAGACAGAGAAGAUCUCAAAAGGCAGGAAUCGCAUAUGUUCUCAGUCAUCCCUAGCAAAUUCCUUCCGAACAGCAAGAGCCCGUGCUGGUACGAGGAGUUCACUGGCCGGAACACCACUGACCCCUACCUGACCAACUCCUACGCGCUCUACUCCAAGCGCUUCCGCUCCACCUUCGAUGCGCUGCGCAAGGCCUUCUGGCACCACCUGUCCCACGCCGCCGGCCGGCACUACCGCUUGCGCUGCCUGCCACGCUUCUACAUCAUCGGGCAGCCCAAGUGCGGCACCACCGACCUGUACGACCGCCUCCGGCUGCACCCGGAGGUGAAGUUCUCCGCCAUCAAGGAGCCGCACUGGUGGACGAGGAAGCGCUUUGGAAUUGUGCGCCUGAGAGAUGGGCUGAGGGACCGCUACCCCGUGGAGGACUACCUGGACCUCUUCGACCUGGCCGCACACCAGAUCCACCAAGGACUGCAGGCCGGCUCCGCCGAGGAGCACAGCAAGACCAGCAGAAUCAUGAUCGGAGAGGCCAGCGCCUCCACCAUGUGGGAUAACAACGCAUGGACCUUCUUCUAUGACAACAGCACGGAUGGCGAGCCCCCCUUCCUGACGCAGGACUUCAUCCACGCCUUUCAGCCGGACGCAAAGCUGAUCGUCAUGCUCAGGGACCCUGUGGAGAGGUUGUACUCAGACUAUCUCUACUUUGCAAGUUCAAAUAAAUCUGCAGAUGACUUCCACGAAAAAGUGAGAGAGGCUCUGCAGCUGUUUGAAAAUUGCAUGCUAGACUAUUCGCUGCGCGCCUGCGUCUACAACAACACCCUCAACAAUGCCAUGCCUGUGAGGCUGCAGGUCGGGCUCUACGCCGUGUACCUCCUGGACUGGCUCACCGUUUUCGACAAAGAGCAGUUCCUCGUCCUUCGCCUGGAAGACCACGCGUCCAACGUCAAGUACACCAUGCACAGGGUCUUCCAGUUCCUCAACCUCGGGCCCUUAAGUGAGAAGCAAGAGGCCUUGAUGACAAAGAGCCCCGCGUCCAACGCCCGGCGUCCCGAGGACCGGAGCCUGGGGCCCAUGUGGCCGGUCACACAGAGGAUCCUGCGGGACUUCUACGAGCCUUUCAACGCCAGGCUGGCGCAGGUCCUGGCCGACGAGGCGUUCACCUGGAAGAAGACGUGAGGCCGGGCUCCCGCCUCCGGCCCGGGGCCUGCAGGUUCACUGUUACCGUGACUUAGCAACCCCUCUCGGUGGGGACCCGUUGUACGUGGAGCGUGGAGACAACCUUGAGAUUCCAGGCUUCUUUCCCUCCCAGGCACAUGUUUAUUGUGACCUUCCAGAAUUUCUUUUGUGACGUCAAAUAGCCCGGCAGUUGACCCUUCACAUCAUCCCUCCACCUGAGGUCGGGGGAAGCCCCAUUUCUAGACAGAUUGCCACCUGUUCUCAGGUUGUGGCCGGCGCUCCCAGAAGGAGGCUGGCGGGCACUGCUCUGGGAGCCGGGAGGGGACCUUCCCGCCUGGGACUUGAUGGUUCUGGGGUCCAGCCGAGCACAUUUGGGGUCCUGCCGUGGGGCCACUGGAACUCCACCGUCACAUCCAGUUCUGGAACACCCUCUGCGGAUCCCUACUCAUCUGGGAGAGAUGGAGGUGUUUCCAUUUCCCCCCUUUUAUUCCAAAGCCAGCCCUUCAUUCUCAUCAGAGAUACAGCCUGUGGCCUCUCGGCCCACCUGCCUCUGUUCCCGUGGACUUAGGUUUGACAGAGAGAGUUAAACAGUGCACUUCACAGGCCGGAGCUCUCCCUUCUGCCUCUUCAGACGUUUGCUCCAGAGCUGCUUCAGUGUAUAAUCGGAAUAUCAAUGCAAUUUGUAAGGGAAGGGGCGGCUGUGGCUGUUCACGGCAGACUGAGCAACCGCAAGGCACCCGACACUUCCUGGGAAUCUAGGUAGCCGGACCCCGCCCUGCACACGAGGCUGCAGAACUGGGGGGACUUCAAGUGUUAGUCUGGCCGCCCCAGGCUCCCUUGCUCUGCCUUCCCCUGGGACAGCUUAUGACGCCCCUGCUCUGCCACGCGUGGCGGUGGCCCCUGACUCCUUCCACAGGUGACAAAACACUCCUGUCCUGAUUCAGAAACACGGCACGCGAGCUCCACUGGGACCAAGCCUGGCAGGGGGGAUUCUGAAUGGACCUUUCUGGGCCACCCGGUGGCUGGCUUUCCCCACGGAUGGUCUGAAGGUCUUGUCAUUUCCUGGAGGUGACAGGCAAAGAUGGACGAGAGCCCUGCGCCCUCUGGGCACGCUGCCCCAGGCGGGACGCAGUGACGCGGUGCGCAGGCCUGCGGUCUGGGGAAGCUUCCUGCGAACCAGCCAGAGCUCUCACUCACGGUCCAGGACACCAAGUCAGAAAGCGUCAACAGCCUCACGAAUGCGAGGACUCGCCAGCCUCCAGCCGCAGCACCCUUGUCAUUCUGCCGUGGGAGGUGGGAUGCCCGGCCACCUGAGGGUGUGUGGAGGGCUCUCAGUACUGGCACCGCCUGGCUCUCCCUGCUGCUGAAGGAGCUGUGUGUCCUUAACACCCGUGGUCGGGGACCGCCCGCGCCCCCGCCAGCCGGCACUGGGCACUGGGCGCACAGGCCUGCCCUGGGGGCAUCAGGUCAGCGUGUGUGUAUUUGCGGCACAGGGUGCGCGUGCACGCGUGUGCAGGGUGCACGUUGGUGGGUCCCCCUCAGUUCUGUGGCUGACGAGGCUGCUCGCUGCGGACACAGCCCUUUCGCGGAUUAAUGUCUCUGCCAGUUAACUUGUCAUGUUCAGUACGUAUUUUGCUAAUUCCACUCCCACCCUAAUUACGGGGGGCUUUUCUUACACACUCCUACGCAUGUGAAUAACAUGUAGCCUCAUUCUGCUUCUUACAGAAGUAUUACGGACGGUAUUAUUUCCAAUAUUAUUUGGUUUAUUAUACAGAUCUUUUUAUACACACAGCCCUGCCCAUGUCGUGCCCGUCGGUGCCACCAAGACAAGCUUCUCCGAAGGCUGUGCGCCUUCUCUCCCUCUCGCUCCAGACCCCCUCUUGUUGCCGGCUGAGCGGGGGUCCUGGAGCCUGUCACCCAAAACCAAAGCAAAGUGGAGCCUUUCUCACCACCUGGUCUUGAAGCGACUUUGUGUCCUGCACAGCUUGUACGGGACUGUGCUGGGUGGUUCUCGCCUCGUCCUGUAAGCUAUGCCCAGUGAACCGCAGUUACGCUGUACUUUUAUUACUAUUUACCAGAAUUAAACGCGCACCCCGUGACGGGUGCCC